GCGAGGUGAUAGAUGGGUGCGCGACUCCCAACCCGCUCAGAGCUCGAGAUAUGGGGCGAACCUGUUAAAUCAUACACUGUGUUCACAAACAACUGCCGACUGUUUUCCGCUCCUGACCAUCUCGCCCCGGUUACUCGUCUCCUCCAAGGACGAGUCUGUACAGUCGAGCUUGGAGUGCCAGGCAAACACAACAAUUGUCAGUCGUUGUCGACGUCGUCGUUGGUUUGUUACUUGUUGACGUCGUAUUAUUUGUUGCUGUCGCAGAGUCGUGUGAGAGGAAAACAUAACAUAACUGUGUGUGCAUGUCAUUAACUGGUUUCGAUGGAACUGAUCCGCUGGAUUUGUAUCUGCGUUGUCUGCUUCAAAGUGGUUACCAGUCGAAUGCGAUUACGUAACCAUGGAUACGAAGGAGUCGUGAUUACUAUUGGUAACCAUAUCGAUGAAAAUCCCAUGAUCCUGAAGAAACUUCAGGAAUAUCUGACCGUGACGUCGGCCACGUUGUUCAAGGCGACGCGACACCAGAUCUACUACCGCGAGUUCAUCGUCGUCAUCCCCAAACACUGGAAAACCAAAGACAACUACAAACCGGCGGCAGACGCCGAAAUCACGCAUGCGCAGAUCGUGGUGGACAGCGCCAACCCGGCGUACGGAGACGCGCCCUACGUGAAGCAGUACGCGGAGUGCGGCCAGCCCGGGUUGUACAUCCACCUAACCGUGCCGUAUCUGACAGACGACAGAAUCACGUUUAGAUGGGGGCUGCCAGAGAAGACCCUGGUCCAUGAGUGGGCGCACCUCAGGUGGGGGCUGUUCGACGAGUACCCGAUCGACGGGCAGGAUCGCGCCUUCUACAGACACAACGGAAAGUGGGAACCAGUCAGAUGCACGAUGGAGGUAGAGGGUGUUCUGAAGAGUGACAAGAACAAAGAUGACUGUCCCUUCAACAUGUUCACGGGGGAGCCCGGCGGUGGAUGCAAGUUCUACCCAAGGAUGAAGCACAACCAGGCGGUGGCUUCCAUCAUGUUCAUGCAGUACCUCGAGAGUAUUGUUGAGUUUUGCGACGACCCGUACACAUCGACGACGACGUACCGCCACAACCACCUAGCGCCUAACCGACAGAACCGACUGUGUUCGUACCGCUCCGCCUGGGAGGUGAUGCGCAAACACCCGGACUUCCACAACAAUGGUCCGCCACUCCCCCCCGGCACCGACACCACGCCCGUGUUCCGGUUCGUACAGGAGCAGUCUAGAAGACGGGUGCUCGUUCUGGACAACUCGGGAAGCAUGACGGGCAGCUCUCUGAAGAUCCUCAAACAGGCGGCCUCCAACUACAUCCAGAACACGGUGGAGAUCGGCAGCUGGCUCGGUAUCGUCGCCUUCAACACUGACGCCGUCGUACUCGCGCCGCUCACCAAGAUCAACACGAAGGAAGACAAGAAAGCCCUCACCGCCAAGAUGCCCUCACUGGCUGAGGGCAAGACGAGCAUAGGGGCCGGGCUCAAGAAGGGCUUGAAUGUUCUGUUGAGCUCUAAAGGCGGAGGAAUCGGUGGGACUUUGAUCCUCAUCACUGACGGCAAGGAAAACAAGUCGCCGUGGAUCAAGGACAUCCGUGACGACAUCCUCAAGCGAGGCAUCAUGGUCCACGCAGUGGCGUACAGCCAGGAAGCGGAAGCGGCGAUCGCGCUCCUAGCGGCGGACACUCAGGGCAGGACGUACUUCGCUAACGACCAGGUGAACUCGACUUCACUCACAGACGGACUGGUGGCCACCAUCUCUGACCAGACGUCAGUCAACUCCAUGGACACUCCCGUCGCAGUGGCCAGUGAAGCCAUCUCGGUGAUGUUCACGCGUCCGGCCACGGGGUCGUUCUACAUCGACUCCACCGUGGGCAGGGAGACCACCGUGGCCUUCACCUACUCCGAACCCAUCUCUGUGACGCUGCACACGUCAGACACGACGUUGUCGAACAGGACGCACCCCGAGAUCUACAACGACGACAGAGCGUCGUACAUUCUAACAGUGUCAAUCCCGGGAAUAGCAGCAACGGGCCAGUGGUUCUAUCGCAUCACCACCAACUCCAUGGAGUCGAGCGUCACCGUCCAGGUUCAGUCGAAACAGGCCGACGUCAACCGCAAUGUGAUCAACUUCAACUCCUGGGUGUCGAAAGACCUCAUCAAGUACGACCCGAAAGGCAAGUUCGAGAUUUUCGCCGAGGUCACGCGAGGUCGGGCGCCCGUCUUAGAAGCAGACGUCAUCUCCAUGCUGGAAAGACCCGGAUCAGAACCCAAGAAGCUUUUCCUGAAGGACGACGGCGCAGGUUCUGAUAUCAUAAAGGGAGAUGGUAUUUACUCAGCUUACGUCCUAGCACCAGAUCUCAGCCAAAAUGGCCGCUACAACGUCAAGGUCACGGUGAAAGGGAAACGUGACACCACGAAGGUCGUAACUGGCAAGAAGUUUGGCGGAGCACUAGAAAAAGGACAGUCGUUAUUUGUCGACCAGCUGAACAAUCCGGAAAUAGAAGCCAUUGAAGAUUUCCAGCGAGUGACGUCAGCAGGCGACUUCCGGGUGUACGACUUUCCGAACAAUCAAGACAACGUCACGGACGAAAUUCCACCCGCGCGCAUCACUGACCUUGAACUGAUGUCGCUGAAUCAGGACACGGGGACCGUAAUUCUAGAGUGGACCGCUGUCGGGGGAGACAUGGACCGAGGUCAAGCCGAGAUGUAUUACCUGCUGAUAUCACACAGUUUCCACGAGCUGCUCCGUGACGACGUAUCCAACGCGAGUAUCGCCCGCGUCGACAUGAUGAACGGCUCGCUGCUGCAGCCCAAACCGGCGGGACAGCGGGAACGUCUGGAGUUCAACUUGACGGCGCUGCUCGACAUCAGCACGCUGUACGUCUCCGUGCGCACCGCCGACUCAGUCGGAAACACUGCAGACCCCUCCAACAUCAUCACACUGUCCUACGUGGAUGACGUCGCCGUGCCCAUCGAGCGGCCGCUGCCGAGCAACAGCGGCUACCACAGCCUCGUGCUGCCCAUCCUGAUCGCGUUCGUCGUGCUGCUGGUGCUGAUGACAGUGCUGUGUCUGGUGGUGGCCCACAGACGGAAGCAGAUGAGGUGGAAGAACAAACUGUUCCCGGAGGACCCGGACCCCAAGUGGAUGCUGGAGUGCGGCAACAUGAACUACAGAGUGGAGGGCGAGUACAUACAAAGGUGGAAAGAGGAGCCCAACACGUGGUACACCACGCCCUUGUAGUCGGGUCGCCAUGGCAACGCACUGUUGGACUCGUUAGUUACGUCGUGGAGAUCUUUCAUAUCUUGCCAUAUCAGCCUCGCUGUCAUCAUUCUGACUGCUAACAAAAACUAAACAAAAACAAACAUGAUUCUUGAGGAGGUCCAAUAGGUUUCGCGGGAUGGAGUGACUGUGAAGUGGUUAUGACGUCAUAGUCACUUGCUGAAUGGAGUUACUGUGAAGUAGUUAUGACAUCAUAGUCACUUGCUGAAUGGAGUUUUGGACGUUGCAGUGACGUUUUUGCUAGAUUGUGUGCCAUAAUGUGAUUUUUAUGUGACAAUACAUAGAGAAUAUGAUAAUAUAAACAACUAUUUUACCACUUUGUGUCAAGAUAAAGCAAUUGAACAUUAAUGACAAAGUAGUUGGUGUUACACAGGUGUCGGAAACUGCCCGCAAUUAGAGGAACUCAUUAUAUCAAUAUACCGUUCAACUAUGGACGAGGGGCGAUGCAUAACCUUCAGAGUCUGAGGAUCCAGAAACCCCCUUGACCCCUCUCCGCGUUUUCGAUGCCUAUGUAUUGUGAACUACAUGCAGACAAGACACUUGGGACAGAAUUGACGCAGCCCAUUUUUCUGUUUAAGCAUUGUAAAUGUAUGAACGUGUAGUUGUAAGAUAAAAACAAACAGGCUUUGUAAAUUCUGUCCUUGGUGUUAAAUGUUCUGUACACACAAGUCUAAACGGUUAGAUAGUUAGGGAAAUGAUUGGUGUUCAUAUAUAGCAACAAUGUCAACGACACACGUUAAAACAUGUCAUGACAUUCGUUACUUAUCUUCUGCUCAAAUGUAUUACCUAAUCAUGACGGGGAGAAUAAAAUGAUUUAAUAGUGGUGGGGCCAAGAAGUUGACGCCUUAAGGGCAGUGUUAGAUUUAGGACAGUGUUGGUUUUAGGACAGUGUUGGUUUUGCCACGUCUACUAUGUGAAACACAUGAAAUAAUAUAUAUAUUAUAAGAGUAUAUGAAGAGACGCAGAAAGAGCUUUGAUUUCAGUAAGAGCAACGUAAGUGGGGAUGCGGGUUACCUCCCUAUAUCGUAUUAUGUGGACCAAGUAUCGAAAUAGCCAUAAUUAUAUGUUAGACACCAAAUAGCCGCAGCUAUUAGGCUUUCCUUUUCAUCAGAAGACAAAAUAUAGCCACAACCUGCCAGCAGUAAACACUUUCUCCCAACAUUACUGAGAUUCAUAAAAUGAUACUUGUUCUUUCUUUCCUGUAGCUGUUUGUCUAGAUCUGUUUAUAUGUCAUUCUUUAUUGUGUGUAUGAUACGAUAUUUAUACAGAGAAAUGUGUGGUGUUCUCUGUAACACGUGCUUCGUGAAGUGCAUCUGAUAGAGAGAACAUCUAUUUAGAUUAUUACUGAUCAAAGCAGUACCUCAGAUAUAGUGUAGUCUAGAUGGUCAGUUAGCCAGGUACAAGAGGAAACGCGUACAUUUAGGUUAGCGCCAGAAUAUGGGCGCGUCCAUACACCUCCAAUGCAAUUUAAAACCACCGCUACCAACAACACCACCAUAUCACGUCAACUGUCAGUUGUAAAACAGAGGCCCCACGUAACCCAAACGGGAAAUUCAGCAAACAUACAGUCUUAAUGCGUUCUUGUUACAAGUGUCCUGAACGAUAGUUGCACAUAGAGACAUUUCUUGACAUCACAUAUUGGUAGUCUAUCAGGCUUUCUAUCAGAUGGUACGAAGGGUAAAAUUACGUACACAAAAUUCAUGGAAAUUAAUGGACAUAUUUUUAUAAUUUGUGGAUAGAUAAUAGUAAAAGAACUGCUGUUUAAAACUGAUAAAAGUACAUGAAAUGCAGUACAGUUUCAAACCAUUUAAAACCCACUACCACCUAGUAGAGGCACUUAUCAUUUGUUUUGGUUUUAUUACGUACUCCCAAAUUAUUUUCUGGCAGAAAGCCUGGUAGUCUGCUUAUGUGUCAAAAAAUAGGUCAGAGCAUGUUCCUCCUUCGCACCCGCCCACUGGUGUAGCCAAGAUUUUAUAUCGGGGAGGGGGGCGGGGGGGGGGGGGGUCAACUACAGUCUAUGAAUCAAGUUAUGGGACAACAGUAAACAAUAACACACCGUGGGGGGGGGGGGGGGGGGGGACAAAGAGGUGUGACAGGGGGACCAUUGCCAUUGGUGAAAACACCAAUCGUUAAUUUUGAUACAUAUACCAAUAACACACAUACAUGUAAUAACACUUUAAAGACAUACGACUGAUCAUCAAUGCCAUACCAUCCAAUGAAUAAAAAAAGGCAUAUACAAGUUAAGCUGAAACUGACUUGUCUGUGACGUACAAGUUAACCUGAAACUGACUUGUCUGUGACGUACAAGUUAACCUGAAAUUGACUUGUCUGUGACGUACAAGUUAACCUGAAACUGACUUGUCUGUGACGUACAAGUUAACCUGAAACUGACUUGUCUGUGACGUACAAGUUAACCUGGAAUUGACUUGUCUGUGAUGUAGGCCUACAAGUUAACCUGAAAUUGACUUGUCUGUGACGCACAAGUUAAUUACAAGCGCUAGGGUCGUAAAUAGGUUUCAGUUGGAAAAGACGUUUAAAUUUAGUUUAAACCUGGUUUUUAAGAUUAAGAAAGAUUUUUUAGAAUUAAGAAAACCAUUUCGUAGCAUACGGGCUUGGGGCGUGGGAGCUGCGUGUUACGAUGAGAAACCCACACAUUUUCUCUUUUUAUUCUCUUCAUACUUUCGUCUCAGAAUUUGCUAAUAAAACUUGUUACACGUG